UGAUGCUGAUGGUUAUAAUGAUGGAUGACAAUAAGGGCUAUGAUUGAGAGAAAGAACAACAAGCAUCCUCUAUAUACGCAACUCUGCAGUCCAGUAUCCUGCGCACUAUUAUCUUGUCCUACCACCUUGCUGCUACUGCCAGAGCCUGCAUACCUCUGCGGUUCUUGUUUAAUAAGCAUGCCAAAGAAAACCGUAGUCUCUGUGCAGCUUUUAUGUACCAAAUGCAAGAGGAAAGUGAUGAAGCUUGUAGCAGACUUGGAUGGUGUUACUUCCAUUGUGCUGGACCCAUCUAAAAGCACGGCAACGGUAGUAGGAGAAACUGAUCCCGCACUGAUCAUUAAAAGCAUAAGGAAAUUCAGAAAGUGUGCAGAGCUUGUGAGUGUUGGUCCUCCUAAGGAUGAGACGAAGUUGACAUAUCCUAUUAUGCCAAAUUGCUGCCAAAGAUGUGAUUCCUGGUUCGUUGUACGUGAAGAUAAUCACUGGCACUGCCCCAUUCUCUGAUACCGUGAAAAAAGUUCAUUCACAUAUAUUAAUUGGUGAUGCCGGCUCAUAUUGGCAGGCUUUGUUUGUUCAGUAAUCAUAUACUGCAGUCAUUAUGUAAGUUCAUCCGGAGCACAAGCGUGAAUUGCUUACUUUGUCUUCCAAUAUGGUAAUGAAGUGCAUGUAGUCUUUCACCGUGUCUUCUCUUUGUCAUUGCUUUCGUUAGGUAGCCAUUUUCUUGUGUCUUUCCUUGGUUUGCCUUGUGCCCAGUAUUCGAGCAAUAUCAUGGAAAUAGCAUUACAUGUU